AUGCACUUCACCAACCUUCUCAUCACCUGCCUGGCCACCUUCGCCAUCGCCAGCCCCACCAAGCGCACCGGCGGCUCUGGCGGCUCUGGCGGCUCUGGCGGCUCCACUACCCCCUACGACCCGUGCUCUGGACUCUACGACAGUGCCCAGUGCUGUGCCACUGACGUUCUCGGCGUUGCUGGUCUCAACUGUGACUCACCUUCCGCGGUCCCUACCAGCGCCGCCAACUUCAAGAGCAUCUGCGCCGCGGGUGGCCAGCAAGCCCGCUGCUGUGUCUUGCCUAUUCUUGGCCAGGACGUCCUCUGCCAGACGCCUGUUGGCGUCUAA